UUUCAUAUCGCAUUGCAAAAGAGAAAGUACCAUACACAUGUGGUGAGAAACUUAUUCUCCCAUCUUGCGUGGAUAUAGUGAGCACGAUGCUCGAUGGAAAGUCGGCAGACAAGAUCAAAUAUGUCCCAAUCAGUGAUACAACAGUGUCACGGCGGAUAAGUGAUAUCGCAGAAAAUUUGGAACUUCAGCUGGUGUCACACCUACAGACUGCUGGAGAAUUUGCUAUUCAGCUGGACGAAAGUACUGAUAUAUCUAACUGUGCAGUGCUCCUGGUGUACGUCAGAUACGUACAUGAAGAUGACUUUUUGGAAGAUAUGCUUUGCUGCUUAACCUUACCUACUCAUUCAUCAGGAUUCGAGAUAUACAGAGUGCUGAAUGACUGCAUAGUUGGAAAAUACAAGCUGAACUGGGCCAAUUGCAAAGGAAUUACAACCGAUGGAGCAGCAAAUAUGACUGGGAAAAAGAGCGGUGUUGUGACAAAAAUAUCAGAAGCAGCCGGUAAUGAUGUAACUUGGAGACAUUGUUUCAUCCACCGUGAAGCGCUGGCUGCCAAAGGUAUCCCAGACAAUCUCAGAGGUGUUUUGAAUGACGUUGUGAAAGUUAUCAACACAAUCAAAGGAAGUGCACUUAACAGUCGGUUGUUUGAACUCUUGUGCCUGGAGAUGGGAGCUGAUCAUUCACACCUUUUGUACCAUACGGAAGUUCGAUGGCUCUCCCGCGGGAGAAUUCUAACAAGGGUUUAUGAGCUAAGAAUGGAAAUUCAUAUUUUUCUUCUCGAGAAAAAAUCCAGUAUGGCAAGCUUGUUUUGCAAUGAUGAGUGGAUUCUAAAACUUUCAUAUUUAUCAGACAUUUUCUCAAAGCUAAAUGAGCUUAAUCUAAAACUGCAAGGGAAAGAAACUGAUGUAUUCCGACACUGUGAGGAAGUAGAAGCAUUUAAGAAGUCAAUAAUGCUGUGGCAAGCAAGGCUUGCAGUUGAUCAACCUCUUUACUAUAUGUUCCCAACACUUUUGCAGCAUAUUGAAGAACAUAAUAACACCAGUGAAGAAACCAUGAAGAAAUUGAAAUGUGAUAUACAGCUGCACCUCCAUUCUUUGUCAAGCAGUUUUGAACAGUAUUUUCCUGAAGAAAACCUUAAGAAUAUAAGAGACAACCAUUGGGUGAAGGACCCUUUUGCAUUUGAAAAACCAGAAGCUGUUAUAGGGCUAAACCUUACACCUGAUGAAGAAAAUGAACUUCUUCAUCUGACAAGUGAUACAUCAUUAAGAAUCAGGAUGCGGUCAUCACCUCUGUCAUCAUUCUGGAUAAGUGUUUCCAAGGAAUUUCCACAUCUAAGUAAGAAAAGUAUUUUACUUUUGAUCCCCUUUACAACUACAUACUUGUGUGAAGCUGGGUUCUCAACCUUGACAAAACUAAAAAGCAAAGAAAGAAAUCGACUCAAUCCUACAGCCGACAUGCGUGUGGCGUUAUCCUCCUGCAAGCCAGACUGGAAUAAGAUAACGAAAGACAAGCAGGCACACCAGUCACACUGAACACGUAAGUGCAGACUAUUUUUCCUUGCUUUCUUGCAGCAGUGUACUCAACUUUACUCCGAUUUCGUAUUUUUUAUA